GGCAGAAAGGGGAGGAGGUGGGAAACAGUCUGACAAGUUCUCGCCGGCGUGUGCUUGUUGCAUCAAAUGGGGAGAAGAUUGGAUGAGAGAGGGAGUAAGGGAGCCAGAGUUGAUUUCUGAUCAAUAGAUGUGGGGAGAGAAAGAGAACAAUCAAAAUGCCAGAGACUCCAACAGAAAGGAGAGAGCCUGCCAAAAAAAAAAAAAAAAAAAGCUCAGUGGAGAAAUUAAAACCCAAUUCUCUAGGGACUGAUUAACUCCAGACGUGGACUCUCUCACUGGAUAUGCUUGAGAACUAGCUGAAGUUAGAUCAACUCUAUCCUAAGGGUAAAGAGGAUACAAGACAAAGUGAUCUGAAAAUGGAAUUGGGGGCUGGGGUAGAGAAGGAGAUUAUAUGGUGUCUAUGAGUUUGGUUGAUUGGUUCCCCCCCCCCCCCUUUUCCCAAUCUGAGGUAGAAAGCAACUAAUUGGUCAAGGUGAUACCCUCCAGAGCCUUGAGUGAGGCAACUUGAGUUCAGUGGGGCAUGCCGGUUAAAAGCAGGUGCUGCUGUUCAAACUAGGGAUGCAGGCUGCUUGCUCUCUCGCCCGGGAGGGGUAGGGAUGCUCCUCGCCCUGGCCCAAGCCGAGCAGGACAGCCUGGUUUUUUCCCCCAAGGAAAACGUCUAAGGGCAGAUUCCUCUCCCUCACCCUCCACCCCUUCCCCCGGGCUCGUGCUUGUUUGGGUUUUCAGGGAUCUGCUGCAGUGCAUUCAUGCUUUUUGAACAACUGUCGGGAAAGGGCUCCCAAAUUCCAGGUGUACGUGUGUCGGAGACACAGCAGACAGGCUAUUCGGAGGGAGAAGGGGCAAGGGAUGCUGGCUGGUUAGGAGAGUAGUCUGGAAAACACGGCAGCUGCCCGGAAGAUCAUAGCAAUCCCACGCUGUGAAAGGAAAGGGGAGGCUCUCCCACGGGAGAAGGGGGAUGCCCCUCGCAAGACUGAAGUCUUCUCAUAAAGAUGCUGCAGUUGGUGCCUUUGAAAAAGCCUGGAUGCUAAUACACAGCGAAUUAUAAGAAGGGGUGGGGCGGCAGAUUCCAGAAUUGGGGCCAAAGAAACCCCCAAAGCCGCCUACUUGCGAGCCACACCCCGGAAUGGAGAGAUCCACGGAAAUACCAGUUACUUUUUGAAAGAUCUCCAGGCAGAAAUGAAAUACUUUGGAGAGGAGGAUUAUCCUAUGGGUUGGCAGAUAUUGUUGUGAUCCCAUUAUUGCCUCUAUUGAUUCUCAAUAUCCAUCCUGUACCAGAACCCUGCACCCUUUAGGAGGCCCUCAGGAUCUUUUAACUGGCAACAUGUACUUUCCUGCUGGCAUUCUCUAAAGCCACUUAGAUCAACUCAAGAAGCAGCUCUGGGUCACAGUCCCUUCACAGGAGAAGAAGGUCUUUUAGUGAACCUUGAUUCUCAGGAGUUGGGCCAUAACUCAUUUCUGACUCCUGCUGUCCCCAAAGACUUUCCUCAGAAGAAACACCCGAUGAAGUGAGCUCCUGAGGCCGGUGCCUGCUGAUGCUAAAUCUCCCCCUCUCCCUCUAGAGGUUCUCCUGGCUUGAGGGCUUGCCCGGCAGCAAUGUUGCAGUGUAAGCAUGCAGAGGAGUUCAGUUUUGGUCCUCGGGCCUUGAAGGACGCCCUCAUCUCCACCAACCCUGUUCUACAGGAACUCUAUGCUAAGGCUUUUUCCACCACUGAGAGGCUUUUCCUCUCUGAAGCAUACAACCCACAGAGGACCCUCUUCUGUACCUUGGUGAUCAGGACUGCCUUUGACUGGCUCCUGAGCCACCCUGAUGCUCCAGAGGACUUUGAGACUUUCUACCACUCUCUUCUAAGGAGGAAACAGAGCAUGUGCCGGAAGCAUAUUUACCUACAGCCAAUAGAUCUAAGUGAAGGCCCUGUAGGGAGUUCCCUCCUGGACUGUCUCCGAGGUUGCGUGGAAUCUUUCUUCCUGGGGCUUCGGGUAAAGUGCCUUCCUUCCGUAUCAAUCUCUUCCAUCCACUGCUGCUUCCGUCAUAAUCGGGACUCUGACAAGAUCCAGCUCCAUGCCGAUAGCAUUUUGACUUUCCUGAAAAACAAUAAACCUGUAGAUGCCCUGUGUGUACUGGGCCUCACCCUUAUGGACCUGUAUCCCUGUGAAACCUGGAGCUUCACUUUUGGCAAAUCCCUUCCAGGACAAGAAGUAGGAGUAUGCAGCUUUGCCAGGUUUUCAGCUGAUUUCUGCCAGACUCCAGGGGCUGAGGAGAUAUCAGAGAUCACCCUGAGGGUGCCUGAGAUAACCCUGAAGGACAGAAAUCGGACAUUAUUCUUCAGCAUUCUGGAGAUGGUUCAAUGCUGCAAGGUCACAUGUCAUGAGAUCUGCCACCUGAUUGGCUUGGGAAAUUGCCGCUGGCUGAGCUGCAUCAUGCAGGGAGUCCUGAGUUUGGACGAGGCCCUCCUCCGGCCCCUGGACCUUUGCCCAAUCUGCCUCCGGAAGCUGCAGCAUUUCAUUGGAUUCAAGCUCAUUGAGCGAUACAAGAAACUGUAUGCUUGGAUUCAAACUGUGGCCAUGACAUGGCCCAGUCAGGAGGCAGGAGACCUCUCUGUGUCUGAAGAUGUCCUCCCGUUCAGCUCGGACUCGGGAAUGGGUUGUGAGAAUGACUCUGAAGCAGUCACAAGCCUGUCAGAGCCCCUCACCCCAGACACAUGCAGUCAUGCUUUCUCCAUAGGGCAGGAACUCGAGCCUGAGGAGGGAAUGUGCUCCCUGGCAGACCUGGACAGCCAACAACAGCUAGGAGACUCUUCUGGCUCUUCAGAUAUCAUCAAAGAAUAUGAACUCUGGCUGGCAACUUGCAUCUCUGCCCUAGAGAGGGAUGUCUCAGAGGAAGAGCUGGCUGAAGUUGAUGGGGCUGUGGAUGCCCUUGCUAAGUGGGAGAUGUUCACAGGGCAGCUCCCAGCCCCCAGAAAGGACUUGCCUUUCAGUAGAGACAAUGUAGGGCUUCGAAAAGUCCUGGGGGACAAAUUCUCUUCCUUAAGGCAGAAGCUGAGCACAAGAAAACUGUCCAAAGCUGAAACCUCCCCUUGUCGAUGGAAGUGGGAAGACAAUUAGUAUAGUCAUAUCAGGCCUACCUUUCUUAACUCCCUUUUUGUUGAGAGUAGAAAAGAAUUAUCUUUUCCACUUGUCUUCCUCCCCUCUCCUCCCCUCCCCUCCCUUUCCCUCUGUUCUCCUUCCCUCCUCUCCCCCCAGGCUUUUCUUGAGCUCCAUAUUUACAUACAAAAUUGAGUUGAAAAGUAGAUAUCAAUGGGAUUCCAUCCCUCCCUGCAAAUGCCUAUUCAUAUCAGAUUACAGAAUAAAAUUUAAUUUCUUCCAUUUCCUUUACAGAAUGACAGAUCAAUAUUAGAAGGAAUUCAGAGAUCAUUUAAUCCAAAUUUUACUCCUAUUAAGAAUCCUUCAUCCAUUCCCAAAUAGUCUUUGCUCGACAAACUUAAAGUGAGGGGAAGCCCCUUAUCUCCCAAGGCAGUCUGUUCCACUUUGGGGUGGUUUUAGUAGUUAGGAAAUUUUAAACUCACUGAUUUUAUUCUGUCCACCUUUUUUUUCCCUCCCCUUUCUUCCCUUCUCCAAAUCCUAACCCUAAACCUCAGAAUUCCAGAAACUGAACUGAAUUCAAAUUGAGGUAAUAAGUAAAGCGCCUUGUAGACCUUAAAGUGCUAUAUAAAUGCCAUUAUUAUUGUUAUUAUUAUGAUGUUAUUGUUAUUAUUGUAACUGAAUGCCACAGGAGAUGAAGAGAGUUCUUGAGUCCCGAACUUCUGGAAAUGUUUAUAGCUUCUUAAACAAAGGUAUCUGGGUGAGGAACUAGAAAAACAAAUCUUAUGGUCUGUCUUUUAGUGCCUCAGGUGCUGACCUACAAUGGGUCAACAUUUACAUUUAUUCUUAGGAGAAAUCAUAUCUGCUCUCCAAAUCUGGGGCUUCUUCUUUUGGGAAGCUGGAAUCUCUCUGAGGGUGGAACAUGGAUUCCUCUCUCCUAUUGCCAGCAGAGGGAUCUGUGCCUGCAGCAAUUGAAGGAAGGAAGUGGUUCAGUCAAUCUCUCAUUCCAGGCUGAGAUUUUAGUACCCUCUGGGUCACUUUAGUUAUUUAUAUCUAACAGCUCAAGAGGCUGAUAGAAUUUCAGGCAGGGAGUAACAGAGGGAAUACACUGACUCCCUCCAGUAGCAAAUUCACUCGGCAUUCCAAGGCAGAUAAUAGGUGUCUCCACUCCCACAAAUGGAGAAACUUCAGAUUUUUUCCUUAUCUAUGAUGCCUCCCUCUGUAAAGCAAAGCCAGUCUUAAUGAUCAGGACUACAAUGGCAAAUACUUCAAUAAAGUAUGUAAUAAUGUGCACCCCAUGUAAAUCCAUGUGAUUCUCAGGGAGGGUAACCAACUUCCACCAAAAAAACCAUUUUUGUUUAAAAAAAAUAAUGAUCUGGUAAGAAUGUAUCCAAUGUAAACCCCUUCUUUCUUUUGUCCUUUCUCCUUCCUCUCUCCUUCCCUUUCUUCCUUUGUUCCUUCCUUCCUUCCUUCCUAUCUUUCUUUUAACAGAUUUUGUGGAGGAGAUAGGAAAGGGAUGAUUUCAAAAAGAAAUUUUGAAAGUACUGCAAGACUGACCCUCUUACUUCUAUCCCCUUGAGACAGAUGCCUGUAGUAACUUGUAGAACAGUGGUGAUGAAAGAGCAACAGUGCGCUAGCUUUGAGUCUUAGUAAUAGAAUAUACUAAAAGGGUAAGAACUGAGUCUUUUGAUCAGAAGCUUUUCAAUGUGGAAGAGUCAGAAUGAGGAAGAGAAAUCUCAAUGCAGAGGGGCAAGAGCUCACAAAGUUCUUUUUGCAGGUGAAUCUUGCCUCCAGUAAAACGCCAGGAAAUGAAUGCUGAGGGAAGUGAUGUUAUAAUUCAAAAACACCAUUAACAUGUUCAAAUUCAUAUUUCCCUUUUGUCUCAUUGUCGAUGAGGGCUCUUCAAAUUAACAAAGAAGCAAAAUUGAGCAAAGACAAUAUUAUAUAUGACAGAUACCAUUGCUAGAAUAGGAAUACAAGAACACAGUUUUUCACCCUGGGUAGCCUACUGAUGCUCCAUUAUUUUACCUAUUUUCUGAUUUCCUGAUUUGUCUUCUGGGCAAAAUGUCAUGUAUGAUCAUUACCAAUGAUUUCACCUCAUCCAUCAAAUGGUUCACUUUCAGAUAGGAAACAACUGAUUCCAUCAACUAGAAUCAUUCAUUCCCAGUGAUUUUUGAGAACAAAUGAAUAGCAUCUGGAAGAUGGUAAGAAGCAAUAAUCAAUAUAUAUUUAAAAAGGGGUCAUUUCCCAUCAGUCUUUGUUGCUUACUAAGAAAAGAUUAUAAAAAUCCUCGGGGAGUAGAGCUUUUAAAAUGAAGCAUCUCAAAAUCAAUCCCCACUAACCUCAUAAGUCUCAAUUCCUGCUUUUGCUCAUGCUAAAAUCUUAAAAUAUUAAGAAAAAAAAUCAGUUAACAUGAACAAAUAUAUUUGCUAUUAAAUUCACACCGUGCAAAUUUCUCCCAAGUGUUUUAGGUCUAUGAUGGAAUAGAAGCUAGACCUUAUUUCUUGUGUGACCCUGUCCAAGUCCCUUAACUGAUUUGGCUCUGUUUCCUCACCUUGCAAAUGUGGGAUUUGAAUUAUGGUGACCUCCAGAGGCCCUCCCAACUCUGAAUCCAUGAUUCAUGCCCAUAAAAUGGAGCUAAACUCAAUAUCACUUGCAGACAUUAGUUUCCAAGAAACUAGAAGAACUGCAUGAAAUUGAAUCAUUUAGUAGCUUGUUUUCAUUUUUAUUCUUAAAAAAGGCCACUCUACCUAAUUUUCUCAUGUGAUUGGCUAAUAAAAGGCUUAAGACUUUCAAAGUAUAGACAUCCCUAGAUGAAUGAUCUCCUUACCUUGGCCAAUUCAACGGGCAUAUAUUUUAAUUGGAUUGGCAAUUGCCUAACUGGUACUUUGUCAGGAUAGGUAUGGGAUAGGUACGAGACAAAGAAAAGAAUACUGACUCCUGAGGAUGCUAUCAUUUGCCAAGUCUAGAAAUUCUGUGCAGAGAGGCACUUUUGAUCUGCUAAGGAAGAGGCACCUUCCAGAUUGGGAAGAUAAAAAGAGAUGGUAUUGGAAGGGGAAGGUAAUCUCCAGCAUUUGAGUAUGCUUGUAAGUGAGCAUCCUCACUAAUGCAGGAGGAGUGCAGCACAAUGUGAAGAAUUCAGGAUUUGAAGUCAGAAAAAUUGACUUUUCUGACAUUAGAUUCCCUUCAACUUUCUGUUCCUCUUAUUCCUCACAGAAUGAACGAGCUGGACUAGGUUACCUUUAAGGCCCUUUUCUUCCAACUGAGUCUAUGAUCCUAUGAAAGGCACACUGUAGUUCUUGACUAAAUUGGUCUAGCCCUGACAGGAGAGGAAACAGGACAGCAAAGAAGCUGUUGAAUGAAUUAAAAAGUUCAAAAGCAGUAAGGAAACCUGCAGCCACCUGGUUUUAAAGCAAUCCCUCUCUUUCAGUCCCGUAUUACUUGGUUUAUGAGAUUACUCAGAAAGCCUUUUGGCAGAAAUGAGCAGACUGGGUGGGUGGCCAGGGUUUGGGGACAAAGAUGCCAAUGAAAAUAAAACCCUGAGGAGCUCAGGCUUAUUUGGUUUAUUUAUUUUAAGAGGGAGAGGUCCCCCCCAAAAGAAUAUUUAUAUCUUCAUGAAGGCCAGAGAACGAGGACUUAGCAUGGAUGUCUCACAAACUUGUUCUUGAGAAGGCUUACAUGUGGCUGUGAUGAAACAAAAGUCUGCCUUAUAAGCUUGCUAUGUAAAAGCUACAGCAAGAGGCAAAGAAGUGGGAUUUUGCUGCCUGGUUUCAGGACUAAAAAGAGACAGCAAAGUUUCACACUCCAUUUUCCAAAAAUGGCUUUCAAUCACUUUGGCUACUCCAGAAACUGAUAGUUAAAGAGACCAAUUAGUCAGAAUAGGGUUAGAUUCAACCAUGGUCUCAUUCUAAAUGGGGGCACCUAUACAGAUAGAAGCUUCUACUGCUUCAAAAAAGUCAAGGAAACAGCCAAUUUUUGACACCCAUAAAAACAAACAGGGCAGCCAAAUAUAAAUGAAAAUAUGAAAUAUUAUUUAUAAAUGCCUGUACAUUUAUAAAUACACAAAUUCAUAAAUUUAUAAACAAUAUAAAUUUAUUAUUUAUAAAUAAGCAAAUGCAAAGUAAUUUAGGAAAUAUCCUUUGCCAUAAAAACCAUAUCUUCUGAGGCUAUUAAAAUGAGGAACUUGAUAUAACUGGUUAAGACCUUUCUUUUUAUGUUACAUAGCUAAAUUUUUUUCAUUUAAAAAAUCCAAUUUUCUCUCCUUCCCCCUACAUACCACCAUCUGUUUUCAUCCCUCCUUCCCUACCUCCUCUCAUCGAGGACAGGGAGAAGUAAACAUCUGUAAGAAAUACACAGAGUCAAGCAAAAUUAAUUUCUGCACUGGCUAUGUCCAAAAAAUGUCUCAAUCUGCAUAAUGAAUAUGUCAUCUCUAUGUCAUCAUCUAUGUUAGAAGAGUGGGAAAGUAUACUUCAGUGGUUCUCUGGAUUCAUAGGUGGUCACUGUAUUGAUCAGAGUUCACAAAUCUUUCAAAUUUCAAAUUUGCCUUUACGAUGUUUUAAUGUAUAAAUCAUUCUCCUGGUUCUGCUUACUUCACAUUGCAUCAGUUUAUCUAAAUCUUCCCAGAUUUCUCUGAAACUGUAUUCUCAUCAUUUCCUAUAGGCGCAAUAAAAUUUCAUUAUAUUCAUAAACAAUAAUUUAUUCGGCCAUUCCCCUAAAGUCAUCCCUUUGGUUUCUACUUGUCAUUACAAAAAGAACUGUUAUACAAAUAUUUGUAUAUAUGAGCCUUUUCCCUCAUCCUUUAAUCUCUCUGGGUAGAGACCUAAUAGUAAUAGUACUGGUGUGUGUUGUAUAGUAUUAAUCUUAAUUAAAGAGGAUCUCUUCAUCACCAAUUCACCUAUGUUCAAGUUUUAGGAGAAUAAGACAAUGAAAAGCAUAUAAGCUUAUGGAAGAGACUUCUGUUAAAAAGGAACCUGUAGGAUAUGUAGAAUAUAUUUCACCAGAGUUUUACAAUAAGAACUAAUGUUCAUAAAGCUGAUCAUAAGACAUGGCAAAAUUCUUGAACACAAGGGAUUAAAUUACAUCCCCUUGAUUCCAUUAAAGGGCUGGAAUUAGAAUAAUAUAUCCAAGUAAAAUCUGUAAUAACAAUUGUAACAAUAACAAAUUAAAAAGGAUGUUCUGAUUUACUGUUAACCAGAAAAUUAAUCAGAAUAUUUUUCCAUUUACUUAAGUUGCAUAAGGUUUCAUUGUACUAGAAUUGCAUGCAACAGGAGCUUCAAUAACUAAAUGCUAUUAAUAAGCAAUCUCUCUGUAUUGAGACAAUAUCUGUGACAUUUACAAGGGAGGUUAGAUCUAACUGAAAUCUUCCAGAAUACUACUUAUCUCUGUCCCUGCUUGGAAGCUGCCUCUGAAUUUGAUUGUAUGUCUUUAACUUCUCAACAGAAGGCUGAGUUUUUCUCAUUAUGCUUUUUCUAACCAAGCCUUAAAUUAAGAGUUGAAUACAGUAUUAUACAGGCCGAGUUCAGUUUAUAUUCAUCACAUUGCAGUGUUUUAGAUAUGAUACUAAAGUAUAACUAGAAAAAUGGUUGGGCUGGUCCCAAAGAGAGGGGCCAACUGAUGGAUGGCUCUAAUGUUCCACUGAUACCCAAUCUAUCUUUAAGAAAUCUGGAGAAAAAUUUCAACAGUGUUGAAAGGUUGAGGAUUUAUGGAAAACCAUGGACAAGAGUCACACAAAAAGUGAAGACAGGAGUGAGAUUGUGCCCUAGGCUACUUUCAUUGAGGAAAUCACAGGUCUGAAUUCCAAUGUGGUAUUUCAAAUUUCAGUGCCAAAUAUUUGGUAUUUUUCAUUUGGCUUUUCUCUUAUUGAACUGGGGAGGGGGGGAGGGAAGAUGACAAAUUAUCUUUCCCUGGUUAAAGAAAAGGAACCCAGAAAAGGGUCUAUGGGAACUAGAGACUAGAAUUUGGAGGCAAAUGGAUAAGGGAUUGAAGUGUAAGGAUGCUAUAUAUACACAACUUGCAAGAUAUAAUACCCAAGAUGCACAAAUGCUAAGAGGAAAAAUAAACUCCAUUUGCCUAACCUGCUGGGGUCUAUUUAAAAGGAAAAUGUUGGGAAGUUAAGAAGAUGCUUUUUUUUUUUUUUUAAACUUAAUAUCCUAUUACCCUGUCAGUUGAAAUCCUAUCUAUUUUUGAAAGUCUAGGUAUGGGUUUCAUUCCUUUAACACAAAAAUUGCUAUCUACUGAAUCUUGGGUUUUCAAUAAAUUAUCUUGGAUCAAUGAAUGAGUGUAAUAUACAUCUUAGAUGCUUGUUCAUAUUUCAUCUAAGCCCAUUUAUCAUAACUAAAAUUUAUGAAACACUUCAAAAUCUAAGUUUUUUUUUUUUUUACAUACAUGAUCUCAUCUAUGUCUGUAUACAUAAUGGACAAUACAAAAAGCUGAAAAAUGACCAUGUUGCCUGGAUUCUAUGCCUGACAACAGGAUUUUGUAAACAGCAGCAGCAGGAUAUUUCUGCUCAGCAGAAAUGGCAAGAAAGGUCAAAAGAUAGGAAGUCAGAGUGGAAUGAAAGAAGAAAACAAAUAUAGUGUAGACAAAGAGAAAGAAUUGAGAUCCAGGUCAAAGUUGCUCAUGUCCAAUUCCUACUAGCCCCACCUUCUAUCACUUUAUUUGAAGGCAAUCAGUGAACAUGAUUAUACCUAACUUGUAAAAUCAUGGAGGGUAGUGCUUUAAAAGACGGAACAUAAGACAUACCCCCUAGGCUUUAAAGAAAAUCACUUAUGGAAAGACUCACUUAAAACCUCAUCUUAGCAAGGCUUUUAAUGAGAAAUCAUGGUUGAAGGCCACCUGUUAAAAAAAACAGACUCUUUAACACAAUAGCAGGCGAUCACUGAAUGGGUUUUCCUUUACAAGUGCAGUUCAGGGCUAUCACUAGGAUUUUGCAUUUAUACUUUUAUUGAUGCCUUUAUUUUUAUAUAUCUUUUU